AUUAAAGGAGAUGUGCUAAUCCAAUUGUCCACAUUAGGACUGUCCCUCUAUGCCUUGCAUAGUUAAUACUUGUCCUAAUUGUCACUUAAACAUAGUGAUUGUAUCUGAUCCACCACCCUCUCUGGCAGCAUGUUUCAGAUAUCAACCAUCUUUGUGUGAGAAACACUGAUAUCUCCAUUAAAGUUCCUUCCUCUCACCAGUCCCCAAGCCGUGAUAAAGGUGUAUUCAAACGUCCGUGAAAUGCAGCAUCGAACCAGGUCCUUUGCAACAACUUGUUCAUGCCGACCAAGAUGUCUACCCGAGUGUGUGCCAUCUACCUGUAUUUGGCCCAAGCCGUUCCUAUUCACAUACCUGACUGAACUGGGCAUUGUGGAGCUCCCGACCUGAUCCAUCUGAUUGCAUGUUCUGCUGCCAUUGUGGAGUUAGACUCUGACCUGAUCUUUCCUACUGCAGAUGCUGUUACCCUUCGCCUUGGCUCUCUUGGUCAGGUACCAGUAUGGAUUGCCGGAGCAACCACCGGACCAGUUGAAGAUGUUCUUCAGGUUUCUGCCAGUCCUGGUCCUCAUCAUUCUGAUCCUGGAGAACCAUCGUGGAAACGACUUCUCCCUCAGACUUGUGGCAGGCAUGGGCUUCGCUGGGGCAGGUGAUGUCUGCCUCCUGUACAAAGAGCAACACCUGACCCACAGCAUCAUCUGCUUCUGGCUUGGCUACUGCAUGCUGACCGUGGCGUUCGGGCUGAAACUGGACAACGCGUUGCUGGGUGCUGCCAUCGGGGGACUGGCGGCAGUCGUGUACCUCCUGCUGCAACCCACGGUGCGGGGGGUGAACCAGGUCAUGGCACUAGCAUACAUGCUGGCGGCUCUGCUGAUGAUCUGGAGGGCUGCGGCCUGGUGGAAGAACUCACGGCACAGGAGCAGCACGUCUGCCAUGUGUGGCACCAUCGCCCUGGCAACCUCCAACCUCAUCCUCCCCACCCACGUCUUCAAUUUCCCCGUCCCCCACAACCAAUUCCUGGUCACGUCCUUCUACUACACGGGCCAGCUGCUCAUUGCUGUAUCCUCACUCUAGCAGCCCCCACUCUCACUUGUUCACUCCAUCCCACUUUUUACAUAAAUUCCUAGCCUUCCUCCUGUGGGCGCUACAAGCUGCUCAACCCCCACCCACCAGACCCCAACCGUCAGGGUCGUGGGCACAGGUCACACACCUCCCUCCCACAGUCUGCCUGCAAACCCAAAGCCUGAAACAGCCUCUGGGCGCACCCCCUCAGAACCCACAAAACUCCACCUCAGCCCCAGAACCCUGAAAACUCCUCUUCCCCUUGAACACCUAUUCCCAAAGUGAAAUAAAGAGACUAAUGUCAAACAGAAAUGGAAUGAUGCACAAAAUGUGGGAAGAAUCUGUUUCUUCAUGAAAAAUCAUAGAUUCCUACAUUGCAGAAACAGGACCGCUGGCACAACUUACUCAUGCCAACCCU